AUCAAAAUCUUGAAUCGACAGUCGUUUGUCGGUAAACUCCACACAGCAUUGAGGAGGGAGUUUCGAUGGAGGUUUGGUCAAAAAUCGAAUUGAACCGACGGAAAACGGUCGAAAAUUUCGACCAACUUUGUUAGAAGCGCGCUGUGGUGUGUCAGCCAAGAGCACAGCUGACUUGAAGAUCGAAUGGAAGGGAAAGCGCUUCGAGUACAGCUCGAACGAAGAGUCGACUCGUGUUGGUCGUGGGUAGUGUGUUUUUCAUCUUUCAUCGUUCAGUUUUUAAUUCUUGGAACUCACAAUUCAUUCGGUUCAUUCUUUGUGGCAUUGUUGGAGGAAUUUCAGCGGAGUGAAGCCGAGACUGCAUGGAUUGGCUCCUUGGCUAUGGGUAUCACAUACAUGGCAGCACCGAUUGCUACCAGCCUUUGCGACCGCUGGGGAUGCCGGGUGGUUAUGUGUCUUGGCAGUGUGACUUACAUGGUAGCGAUGCUUCUGACGUCAGUCGUGCAGCACAUGUCACUCAUGUACAUUACAUACGGUGUUUUGUUUGGUUUCGCAUCCAGUUGUUGUUACUUCUCAUCGUUUUACAUCCUCAUUGUGUAUUUUAACAAGCACCUCGCUCUCGCCAAUGGUAUCGCCGCCGCAGGCGCUGGGGCGGGAACAAUGUCCUUGAGCCUGACCGUGGACAAGUUGAUCGCCUCGUAUGGACUUAGAAUGACUUUUAAAGGAUUGGCAGCAUUGUCCGUCUGUCUUUUCUUAGCUGGACUAACUUUCCUUCCAAUUGACUUCAGAGAAGGAGAAGACGAACUUUUGAAAAAGGAAGCACUCUUGAAAGAACAAGAAGAGAUAAGAAUAAAAGACCGAUUGGUCAAAAAUAUCAAAGAACUGUUCAAGCCUGCUCCAGUGUGGGGAAAUAAGCCAUUUGUCGCAUGGACCGUGGCCUUAGCUAUGGUUCUUAUUGCCUACUACAUUCCCUAUAUGUACCUGGUUCGUCUUGCAGAGAGUGUAGGCAUACCGUCAACUCAGGGGGCCCUUCUGGUUGGUUAUUUUGCCUUGGCCCAAACAGUCGGCAAGAUCUUCUUUGGGAAGCUUGGGGACUCAUCUCGGGUCAGCCGUUUGACCCUUACGCAAUUAGCUCUUUUGGUCAUCGCUGUGGCAGCAUGUCUGUGCCCCUUGGCCCAGUCCCACUCAGCCCUUCUCACUUACUCCUUGGUGUCGGGGCUCUUUGAUGGAUGCCUUAGUGUAAUGAUCGGUCUUGUCACCCAUGACAUAGUGGGCCGUCAGAUGAUGGCAAAAGCCGUUGGGACUUUAUAUGGUAUCGUGGCGAUUCCUAUGACAGUGGGACCUCCUAUGGCAGGUCUUCUUUUUGACAGCACCGGCAGCUACAACAUUGUCUUCUUCCUUUCUAGCGGUCUCGUGAUUGGCGGAAGCUGCGUCAUGUUUCUCAUCCCAAUUCUGCUUCGCUCCAAGCCAAGCCUGCUUAAAGUCAUUACUCCUGAGAUCAUCGUGUCAAUGCCAGAUAAGCUCCAAGAAGACGAUGAAAUUAGUCUCUUCGAGGGCGAUACAGCCAAACUAAGAACUUCCCAUAUGUCCUUUAGAAGCCUCGCUGACGAAUUAGGGAUCUACAGGAGUCACCUGUUAUUGGACAGGACGCCAAAUCUGAGCUCUCGUCCAAGCAGUUUUGUGCUAUUUUCGAUCGUGCCGGAGGGAAGUUUCAGAGAUUUGUCUCAGUUAAAUGAACGAUAUUCCAACAGUAGAGGGGCAAGCUACACCUCCUUAGUAAGACUUUCAGAAAUAAAAGUCGACAGCAGAGUCAACAGUUGCGCUCGGUUAGAACCCGUCGCCGAAGCCGAGGCUUGGGAUUCAGGUUUGCCUUCCGAGCAUCUUGACGUCAUAAAACCACCAACAGCUGUACCUGAACUGUUCGUUACUGUAUCACGGUCAUGUGACUGUAUGAACGAACCUGCUAGCCAUGUCAUGACUAUAGAUUUAAAUAAAGACAGUGCGUCGGUCGAAAUUGUCUCCAAAUCCACGGAGAGUGGCUUUGCUUCUGAAGAAUCUGUUGUAAGCGCUUGUGACAAUAGUAUCGAGCUUAUUUCUUCCAGUUCAGAUUUGGAUGGGAAACGCUUAAGUGGUUACUCGUGGAAUUCAACGGGAAGUAGCCUGUCGUGUAAGACUCAGUGUUCCGAGGCUGGCACCGAGGACAGUGGGUACGGCGACGACUUGACGCAAGCGCACUGUGUUACCGAAGGUAGCUCGGAAAUAGAUGAUCAUAUGAAACCAUCCAUGUGCACUUUCGUCUCUCAAGAUAGCUUGCAAUCCGACUUAAGACAAGAUAAUGGCUACUGCAGCUGUGAUUCUUCGCUAGAUGUGCAGAAGAGCUACACUGAGGUCACUGGCACUGAUGACGAAGCGAUGGCUGGGCACGCCCGGAAAGGGCUCCUUAUUGAAGACGCGUGCCAUUCAAACUUCAACACAGGGGAACAGACGAGGAUGGUUAUGGAGCUGUCUUAUUGUACAUGUGGAGAAGAAGAAGAUGACUCCGUCAACAAGCUCAUUUCAGACGCCAAAGAAAUAAUUGAACUUAAAAAGCCUUAUAUAUCAGUGUUACCUCAGCCACCAGACAUCUACAGUGAGUUGUUCGAGGGAAUACUGGAAGAGGUGAAUGAGUACGUGGAGAAUUUCUCGGAAUUGUCCGUUUGCCAGGGCACGAUGAAGACAUUGCCGAAAGUAAGCAUGACAGAUAUAAUAUCUUGCGAGCAGGAAACAGUUGUUUGAAUUAUGAACGAAUAGAGAAGAGGCUACUGAAUAAGAGCGGGAGCGCUGGGAAUAGACUCGGCGCCAGGCUAUCAGGUCAAAUUACUGAUUUAGAGAAAGAGAGAGUAUUCCAGAACAUUACUCUCAUAAGUCAUUUAGGAGCUAACUGAAAGCCACAUCAUAAUUAGCUAUCCCCGUGCUAAAACGUUGUUUUGGUUAAUGUUACAAUGGAAUGCAUCAGAAGAUGCAUUCCAUUGUUUAUUUGUUAAAGAGCACCUGUUACCAGUUUAGUAGCAAGCGGAGGAUCUUUUGUCGUCAUUGCCUGCUUAACGUAGUAAUUCAGACAGAGCGACCUCUGUGGAAAAUGUGGCGUAAUGCUAUUGGAAAAAAGUCUUAAUCAGAAAAAAAUGAAUCGCAAGAAAGCUUUCAAAAGAAUUCCAGUGUAUGCGGGUGGUAGAGCUACUGAUCUUUCCACUGUAAACAUUUACUAGAAAGCCUCAUUGGAUCGAAGAUGCCAUUUAGUUGACGCAGGAGGGAAUAAUCAAAGGAUAAAUACCGUCUGUAAUCGAGAAUCCGAUUGAUAUAAGUUUCAAUCACCUUGUGACAACUGUUACCCCACCCCCCUUUCCCUCACCAGCACCUGUUUGCUUUAUGCUACAAAAUGGUAUUUCAAAAUGUAAUCAGCUCUUAGAAUAGCUCGGAUAUAAUUCCCUAGUAUCAGAAGAUAUUUUUUUGCCUUACUGAACUAAUAUAAGAGGCUGAAAUUCUUAUUUAUAGAAUGCUUACAUAACAGGGCUGAUACGUUCCCCUCUUGUCACUAACCUCGAUUCCAGGAUCUCUAUUCUUUGUUGAUUAAUGGAAGUGUUAGGGAGAAAGGGCCUGAAAUCGAGGCUACCCUGAAACGGAAAUUCCAGGAAAGGCCUAAAAUUGAGGCUAUUACCGGUCACUUUUUUCUGUUGUUUCAAAGAUAGACGCAAUAACAUGCAUAAUGAAAGCAAAGCCUGUGCAGAUUCCCUCAGAAUGUUGUCGCCAUUUUGAGUGUACCAAAAAAAAAAGAAAAAAACUUUUUUUUUCUCAUUUCGUAAUAUUUGGGGUUGGAUUAAAACUAAAAUAUAUUUUAAUGAUGAAAUAUGAAGUAAAUAUACUUGAGAGCUUUUUAUUUUGUCAAUCAAGAAAAAUCAUAUAUAUAUAUAUAUAUAUAUAUAGAUAAUAAAGUUGUUCUAUUCAUUAGUUAGAAGCUUCAAUUUCUAUGGUUAUCAGGGUAUAGUUGACGAAAACAGAAAUGUCGGUAUAUUUAUUACUUCAUAGGUAACUCUGAGUUUGAAACAAAUCUAAACUCUACAUCCAAAUGUCAGCUCCUUCAAAGCUCUAUUUAAAAAAGUGAGAGUGGCUGUAAUAAUUAUUUAAUAGCAGUCAUGCAAAAUGUAUUUAAUAGGUUUUGGGACCCAUUUACUGAAAAUAUGUAAUUAACAAGCAUUUUUAAAGUGAGUGACUAGUAAUAAUGAAACUCUUCCGAGAAGAUUUUAGUCCAAAAUUAGCUAGAAAUUAUAAUGAUUGUUCUGCCGUAAUAAUUGUGUGUUUGCAUUACUCUCGGAUCUUUGUUUUUGCCUGUUUUGCUAGAUCUCUUUUUUAAACAGUGUAAAAUGUAUUGUGCUGGAUAGUUGUUUGGGAAACCAAUUAAAAUAACAUUAUUUUUCA